AUCCUGGAGAGGUUGAAUAAAAUGUGCAGCAGUGGAGUUUGGAAGAAGCAGCAGAGGUUGUUGAAGAACAUGGGGGCUCAUAAAGUCAUGUUGGACCUGCUGCAGGUUUCCUACGACCAGCACGAUGUGAAGAUGCAGGAGAUCAUCCGCUACACUCAUCUGUUCCUCCAGAGGUUCUGUAUGGGGAACCAGGAGAACCAGACCCUGCUGCACAAGAACCUGGCCCUCUUUCUCAACCCGGGGCUGCUGGAGGCGGAGACGGUGCAGCACAUCUUCUGUAACAACUACCAGCUGUGCAGCGAGAUCUCUGAGAGCGUCCUGCACCACUUCAUCCACUGCCUGGCCACGCACGGGCGCCACGUCCAGUACCUCAACUUCCUGCACACCAUCAUCAAGGCUGAGGGCAAGUACGUCAAGAAGUGUCAGGACAUGAUCAUGACCGAG